AUGACCUUUGAGACCGAUCAAGCAAUUAUGAUCUCUGCUUGGCCCUGUGUCGGCAAGACUUAUUUCACCGAACAAAAUAGCUCAUCUGGGACGGAGAAAUAUGUCGAGGAUAUCGAGGCCAACGCCAGAGGUUCGCCAAAUUCAAUCAUCCUGGUCAGCUCGCACGCCAUGGUGCGCGAGCUGCUGAGGGGGAGAGGUCUGAAGUACGUGGCUGUUUCUGUUCACGAACUUGAGGACUGGAAAACCCGACAGUUAAAGAGGCUUAAUGAUGACCUUGAGCACAAAAUUUCUCAUCAGUAUUUGCUUAAAAAGGGGAUAGCAGAGUGGGGCACCUGGAAGGUGAGAAAGAGUGGCGAGAAGGGGGCCAAGAUCAUCCUUCAUUAUGGAGAGUAUCUGGCAGAUAUCGGCGUUGAAGAGAUCCACAAGCUGUGGAAAGAACAAUGGCAGUAG